AUGUCUGCUGGCCUCAGGAGCGAGCUCGAGAUCUCCCACAAGCGUGCAUGCGCGCCAUACCCCCUGCUCCCACCAAAGAUUGUGCGCUCCCAUCUCGGGGGUUCUUCGGGCGUCAGGUUGAGGGAAGGAAGGGGGAAAGAGCUCCGAGAAACGUCCAGAAUUACCAUGGAGACGCUGUACCCCAGAAAUCGCAGCAGCCAAGAGUCCGAUGAAACUUUCCCACUGGGAUUCCUGGUGUUCGCCAACUCCUCCGAAAAGGACAUGACCCUGGCCAAGCAGUUCUGGAGCUCAGCGUCACUGUACCCCCCUAAGGAGUCACAGCUGGUGCUGCCCAGAGGCAGCAGGCAGCGCCUGCCGGUGGCCCGGCCCUCAGGGGGCAGCGUGCCAGGUAAGGCUUAA